UAAUUGGAAAUGCAGUCAGAUAAAAAGCAUUUCCUGCACUGAAGAGUUGACGAUUUGUUGGGAAAGACAAAAUGCAAACAACUCUGCUCAAACAAGCUAUUUACAGGAUAGAUUGCAGAUAAUCAACAGAAGGAAGGUACUACUAUUAAGAACUGGGAAAAACUUCUGGAAGAAAGUGGAAUUUUAGCUGGAACUUGAACGAAGGAGAGAUUGAGUGAGGAAGGGAGCCUGCUUCUGAAUACUCUAAAAUGAAAGAAGGAGUGAGGAUAAGUUGGGGAGAGAAGAAGAGGAAAGGUCUUCUGGAGAAGGCAGGAAAUUUGAAAUGGCUUGAAGGAAGCAGACCUGGAUGUAAGUGGCACAGAUACAAACUGCUUCACUUGAGUUAGGGCUGCUCCAGGGGAGAGAAGAGUCGAUCUCAACUAGUUUCCAUCUCUGCAUCACAGCAAUAGUAUUUUCUUCUUGGCCUGGGAGUUCUUGAACUUGGUUAUAACAUUCUGGGUGUUGUAAUUUGGGGAUUUAUUACAAAAGGAUGCUGGCCACCCUAUAUGAAUCAUUUUGGAAGGCUGAGUAUUGGUUACCACCUGGGUACACAUGGGCUGACUUAGAAGAUUCUGAUGACAUCACAUAUCCUCAUCCCAAGGACCUGCUUGCAGUUGUUCCCUUGACAUUUGUCUUACUGGUCAUUAGAUAUGGUUCUGAGAGGAUCAUAGGACUGCCCUUAAGCAGAGCCAUGGGUGUGCGUGACCCCCGAAGGAUCAAGGCGACUCCCAACCCCAUCCUGGAGUCAUUUUUCCAGACCCAGAAUAAGAAACCCGAAAAGGAUGAUCUGAGUCACCUGGCCAGUCAGUGCAGCCUUUCUGUGAGGCAAAUACAGUGCUGGUUUCGACGUCGGAGAAACCAAGAGCGGCCAUUAAUGAGCAAGAAAUUCUCUGAAUCCUGUUGGAGAUUUUUGUUUUAUUCCACUUCUUUCUUGGAUGGCUUGUUCGUCUUCUACAAUGAAACCUGGUUUGGGAAGCCAGAGACUGUCUGGGAUGGAUAUCCUAAGCAGCCUCUUCAGCCUGCCAUAUAUUGGUGGUACCUCUUGGAGCUCAGCUUCUACUUCUCCUUGCUGCUUACUCUGUCUUAUGAUGUGAAGAGGAAGGACUUCAAGGAGCAGGUUGUCCACCAUUUUGUUGCUGUUACUUUGAUUUUGUUCUCCUAUUCUGCCAACUUUGUGCACAUUGGUGCCUUGGUGCUGCUACUACAUGAUGUGUCAGAUAUCUUCAUGGAGGCCUGUAAGAUGUUAAUUUACACAAAGUGGAGGCUAGCUCGAGACACAAUGUUCAUCCUCUUUGCCAUGGUGUUCUUCAUUUGCAGACUCAUUCUCUUCCCAAUCAAAGUCCUCCACACCACUUAUUAUGCUUUCCUGACCAACUACCAGGUCUUCUUUGGAUACUAUUUUGCCAAUGUCCUCCUGAUGGUCCUGCAGGGUCUCAAUGCCUUCUGGUUUUUCCUCAUCCUCCGAAUGUUCUGCAAGCUUUUAUCAGAUGGCCAGGUGAAAAAUGAUGUGAGGAGUGAUACAGAGGAGCAAGACACGAGUGAUGAACAGUUGGAAAUGAGACAGCAGAAAAGUGGGAAACUCCGGUCUAAUGAUGCCAUAGACAUUCGAGCCAGGGGUGGUUUGAAAGCCUCGCCAGCUUGCCACUGAGCCUGUCCCAGUGAAGAUCUGUGGAUGGCUGCUCUCCUGACUGCCUGAAGAUUGAUUCACCCUGGGAAAUAUCUCAGCUUUUGAUUGAAUAUGGACUCCAGAGAAAAAGACCUAUGCUGAAUAGGGGCCCUUUAUUUUUGUCUCCCCGUGUCUGUCUAUUUUCCUGUCCUUACCUUUACUGGACUUCAUGGUAGAGGAGAAAGGAUAGAAUAUCCCUGAUGAGGAUUUUAUGGUGAAUUUAGUUAUCUGUCUUUUGCACAAUCUUUCCUGAUGAACAAUCGUCCUCAGACUUAGCCACUGAGGCAUGUCCCCAUCCCUUAGAAAAAAACAGAGUGAGGGGGAAGGGCAUAAAGAGAGAAUUGGAAGACCCCCUCAGAAGGAUACCCCAGAGGCUGCCUCAUGUCCCCCAAAUGAUCAGGCAGGUGAUGUCUGAUCCCUUAGUCAAUAAGAGUGUCCUAGUCAUGCAGGCUUAACACUAGAAUGAGCUGACUAGACUCAGACUUGUCUUCUCUUCCCAUCAGGGAGUAAUCCCUGGCAGAUCCUAAGAAAUAGAAAAGCCCAUUCAAGCUAACAAUGGAUGAGUUGAACUAGGGUUUCACCAGACCCAGAGAAGAAACAAUAAAAUUUAAAUAGUUCAGGACUUACUUUCUCUUAGCCCCAGACCUUCAUUUUCAGCUCUCUCCCUACUCAGUGUUCACCUUUAUCACUCUCCUACUUUCUCCAUGAUUGUUCAGGACACAGAAUUUUUGAAUCUCAGAACUUGGAGGGACCUCAUCAGGUAUCCAUUUGAAGCCCUGCUUGGGCGGACCUUCUCUAGAAUCCCUAACAAGUGGCCUUUCAACUUAAGCAUCAAACCUGGAGAGUUCACCCCUUACACUGAUAGUUCAUUGUCCUGUCAAGGCAGCUGUGAAGCUUGCAAAUUCAUUCUUAUAUGAGAACACAUUUGCCUUCUUGAACCACUCAUCACUAUUCUCCACCUCUGUGGACAAGUGGGAAAGCCUCAGGGGGGUUGGAUGGAGAUGAAAGCUGUGGUGGGGCCAUCAUUUUCAGAAAGUAGACCCCAGGAUGAAAAAGACAUUGGUGCUUCCAAGGAUCUGAAAUAGGUCACACCAACUCCUGUUUGGAGCAGAAUUCCCAAACCCCAAUCUAAUCACCUUUUAACAUACAAAUGGAUCUAUGUAGUCCAUGAUGUGGGCAUUCCCUCCAGUGAUAAAAAUUGCUGGCCAACCAUUCCUGUUCAUCUGGCAUAACUUUUGUUAAAAUGGACUAAGAUAUAGAACUGGAGAAAAAGAUAUAGAUAUAGAGAAUAUAUAGAUAUAGAUAUAGAUAUAGAUAUAGAUAUAGAUAUAGAUAUAGAUAUAGAACUGCCAGGAAAGCCCCAAACUCGUUGGGCAUUAAUUAGCCCAACGAGUCAGUCACUAAACUAAGUCAUCUGGGGCAGAAGUAGUGGGGAGAGGCUGACUCUCAAUGGAAUUCAGGUAAGAGGACUCCAGGGCAGGUAUGAAAGCCAAAUUAACAUCCUCUUCUUCCUUAAAUCCUCAGGGACACUUGAUAGAGCCAAAAAAAAAAUUCAAAACUAUAAAGGAUCUUAGAGGUCUUCUAGAUCAGCUUCCUAAUUUUCCAGAUGGGUAAAUAGACUUGGGAAGAGAGAAAGAGAAUCAUUCUAGGGUAAACACUAGUAAAUAGCCUUUGGGGUAAGAAGAGAAAGGCCUUCCCAUCAGCUACAAAAUCUGCUGCUGGGUCUCUGCCUUCAGGAAAAGUGAAAAAUAACCUUUCUUCAGGUCCCCACACUCUUCCCUUUACUUGGUUUGCAUAAGACCUUGAGACUAAACUCCUGGAGAUGUUGACAACCAGCCUGAACUCAUUCUUCAGUUAUUUAUUGUUAAUUACAGCUUUCCACUUGUUAUAUCUUCCCCAUUCCCUUGAUUCUGAAUUCCCAGGUGGCAUCUUUUAAACCCCAUUCUCCUCUCCCAGUGCCUAAUUACUGAAAAGCUACUCUGAUUAGAUUUUGCCAUGUUUUAUUAAAUUAUCCCAAGUCCUAUCACUAGUAAGUUUUAGCAGCAUUAAACAGAGAAUCUCUACAAGUGACCUAAAACCUGGAGACAGUCAAGGAGGUAUUCUCCACUAACCUUUUCUGAACCAUACAGAGCUGUUUGAGAGAUGCACAAGAAAUGCUUAUCAGACUUCUAAAGAUCAUGGACACUGUUAAAGGACCUGAUACCUCUAAGGGUGCCAGGAUAUUGGGUUUCUUUAUUCAUCUUAUUGUAAUUUUGCCUGUUUUAUUAGUUCUCUCUGUGUUGAUGACCUGUUGCCUAUUUUGUACGCUGCUUAUCAUUUCUAUCUGGACUGAUGUAUAUUUGCACAUGCCCCUUUUGUCCUCAGGGGAAAGGAUGCCCCUAGUGGGUGGGGAAGCAAAUUUCCAGGAGUGGUGCGAUUAUUGUUUUGCAAUCAAUAAGGCAAACUUCAGGGCUGGUGAUUGGCUCAGUGGAUAGAGUACCAAGGCAAAUUGAGAUAUAACACCAAAUUGUACUGCCACGAGCUGGAAUAAUCAUCUCCCCCCAUCAUUCACUUUCAGCCAAGGGAAAACAUCACAAACCUUUCACAAUUCUCCCCUCAUUUUGAACUUAAGGCAUAUUUUUAGGCCACCAGUUCUGUGUUAUGAUCAAAACAGUGUUAAUUUGGAAAGAAAUACAGAACUUCCAAGUAGUCAGAAAACCCACUUUUUAAUCAAAUAAAGGGAUAAGCUCAUUAAUCUGGGCACCACACAGAGUCAUAAAUCAAAUUUCAUGCAGAACCAAAGGCUCUGAGACUCUGGGAAUCAUAUUCUGGGAGAAGACCCAGCUCUUAAUACCAACUCCAAAGAGAAGCUGAACCUGAGAGUCUCUUUAUACCUUUGGGAAGCCUACAAAGACUAACUACAAACAGGUGUGUAAACCUCUAAACACUCAACAGCUAUGACAUUAGAAAAUGGUCAGCUGUAACAAAUUAAAGAUAAAGGUCAAACUCAGGAACUGGGCUUCCUGAAAGGAAACUUUCAACCAAUAGAGAAACCUCCAUAACAAAAAGGUGAUUCACAUUCAAACCAAAAAAAGAUGUGCUUAGUACUGGGGUUUCUCAAAAGUAAGGGUAAACCGAGUCUUCCAAAAAUCCAUGUUGACAACAAGAAAGGAGGAUAGGAAAUAUAACAGCAAAUAGGAUGUAAUUGUACCCUAUCUCUGAAGAGAAAUGUGGCCCAUCAGGACAGAAAGGGUCUUCUGGGAAAUUGUAUUAAGCCAGGAGUACUUCACACAUGAGAGGAUUUUUUUUAGGAUAACCCUGUUGAGAAUUUAUUUCCUAUGUAAUGACAACAACAAAACAAAAGUGUAUUCUUGGCUCCCCUCAAAUUGGGCAGGCAAGUGUGGGUUGGGAUGGGGGCUUUUGGCCCCCAGCUCACAUUUACUCUGUCUCCUAGUACACAGUUGCUAAACAGGCAUGAAUUUAUCCAGAUUUCUGCUACACAGUCCCCUUUAAUGAGAAAACCUAAACACACUUUUCUCAUUGCCCAUGAUUGGGAUCAGACUUAGUCUAGUGCUACUGAGUAAAAUGAUUAUAUUUUUACAAGUACUUGUUAAUGAAACCAUAGGUGUAGUGGAGUAUCUUAAAACUGAGGUCCAGAUACUUUGGAUUGUAGCCUUAAAAUAUAAAAGUUGGUCAAGCUCUAUUGGCCAUAGGCUGUGUGUCAGAAAAAUGCAUCUUUUCGGUAGACAAUUUAGUAUUGUCCAGUGAUAUAAUUCACUGUCUACCAAAAUAACGAGAGACAAAGGGAGGAAAGGAAUAACACCUUUGUUUUUCUUUUUCUUUUUUUUUAAAUAAACCCUUACCUUCUGUCUUAGAAUCAAUAAGGCAGAAGAGUAGUAAGGGCUAGGUAAUGGGGAUCAAGUGACUUACCCAGGGUCACACAGAUAGGAAGUGUCUGAGGUAAGAUUUGAACCCAGGACCUCCCAUCUCUGGGCCUGGCUCUCAAUCUACUGAGCCACCUAGCUACCCCCAACACCUUUGUUUUUCAACAAUCUUACUACUCAUACAGGUGGUGCUAGGGUUUUUCUCAAAUGGACAACCCUGGCAAGACUUCUCAAGAGCCAACUUCAUCCCUUGAUUCCUUCAAUAUUGCCCUUCAGAGCUAUUCUUUCUUUCCAGAUUAUUCUUGCCAUUCAGUCCUUAGAUUGUGUCUAGAUAGAUAUCUCCUCUUUUCACAUCAGCUUUCUCUACUCUCCCUUCCUGAGGCAUGCCCAGUGUUGCUACACUUGUGUGCUAACACACAUGACAUGACAAAAUGACUUUUAUGUAAAGCAGAAAUAAAGCUUGGAGGUACCAGACCUAA